AUGGGUGCUUUCGACCCUCCUAUAUUGUAUGACAAAGGUUCUUACAUCGAGACCGAUACGGGCAACAAAGUAUCGAGGAAAGCUUCGAUCGUAGGUGCUUCCAACAUCAUCUUAGGUGGGAAGAGUAUCAUACAGAAUGGUGCCAUACUUCGAGGAGACUUACGUAGAACCAUACCUGGUCAACAUAUAGCCAUCACAAUGGGAAGGUAUUGUGUCAUAGGGGAGAAUACGAUCAUACGGCCUCCUAGUCGAUUUUACAAAGGUACCUUUACAUAUUAUCCAGUCAAAAUGGGUGAUUUCGCUCAAAUUGGUAAAAAUUGUAUAAUCGAAGCUGCCACCAUUGGGAGUGGAUCUGAAAUCGGGGAUAAUUGUAUUAUUGGAAAAUUCACAGUGAUCAAAGAUUUAUCACUCAUCAAACCGAAUACAGUCUUACCUGAGAAUACUCAAGUAGCUUCGUAUACCAUCUGGGCGGGAAAUCCAGGUAAGAUGAUUGGGACUUUACCUGAGACUUUGCAAGAAGUUGUGGAAGGGAACGCUAAAGGUUUCUACGGACGCUUUAGGUCUGCGUAA